AUGGAAGAAAUAGUACUACUAUUCAAGUAUCUCCCAUUUUUGUUUGUACUAUUUUUAACUACAAUACUUUAUUAUAUAUAUUUGGCUUUCCAUCUACUUCCUUUAUUACAAUUUGGUAUAUCAUCACAAUUUAAAGUUGAAGAAAAAUUUGAUGAAGGUAUAAGAGAUUUUGUAAUCAUUCAUUGUUUAGUACUUUUGUAUGGAGCAUCAUUACUCAAAUCAUUCAUAACAGAUCCAGGAAAAGUUCCAGUUACUGAAGAAUGGAGAAAUUCACCUGAUCCUAAUCAAUUACAUGAGCGUAAAGAUGAUGGAAGACUCAGAUUUUGUAAAUAUGAGUUAGUAUAUAAGCCUGAUAGAUCUCACUAUUGCAAACAACUCCAACGUAAUGUACUUCGUAUGGACCACUAUUGUCCAUGGUUUGGAAAUUGUAUUGGAUUCUAUAAUUACAAAUAUUUCUUUUUGACUUUACUUUAUGGAUGCAUUACACUAUUAUAUAUGCUUUUCGGACAAAUUAAUACUUUUAUCAAUGUUUGGAAUGAUCCAAAUGUUACAUUUGGGAGACUUUAUCUAAUAUCAUUGGGAUCAUGCUUCUGUAUAGUACUAUUGAUCAUUAUGAUCCCAUUUCUUUUGUUUCAUGCAAUUAUAACAUCAAGAAAUCAAACUACAAUAGAAUUUUGCGAGAAAAGAGGAAAAGAAAAGCUCCAAAAUUUUACCUAUGAUAGAGGAUGCUUUAAGAAUUAUCAAAGUAUAUUUGGAACAAAUCCAGUACUAUGGCUCUUCCCAGUUGGAUUACCUCAAGGUGAUGGACUAUUCUUUCCCAUUAUACCUAAAAAGUAA